AUGCUCCCCUGGCGAACCAUCGCACCCCGAGCCGCGAGGCGUGCCUCUGCAUUCGGAGCAGCACAAGCACCCCGCAUCACCUUCGGAUCCGCGAGUAGACACCUCUCCGCAACCGCCGCCGCCCGCCAGCUCAACGCAAAAGUCGUCACCGACGGCGUGCAAUUCGAGGGGCUGACGGGCUCAUCUACCCGUAGAUCAACGCUGUAA